UGAUGUCGAACGCUAUAUAAUAUUAUUGUCUGAUGGACUGUCGUCGGACCCGAAUAUUGUGAUAUCAGAGGCAAAUGCUUUGAUAGUCAGCGGGGUGAAGAUUUAUACUGUUGGUAGUGGAUUGUCCAUACGUCAUGAGGAAUUGUUAGAAAUAUCAUCAUAUAAUCAAUCAUUUUGUGUUUCCAAUGGCAACAGAGGAUUGUUUACAGACACUCCUUAAAUACACCAUGUUUGGUUGUGACAAAUGUUCAACAAAUGUGUCAGAUGUUGCUAUUGUUAUGGAUGUUUCGGCUAAUAUAAAUCAUAAAGACUUUGAUAUGCAAGUCAAAGCUGUCUCUCAUCUUUUAACACUUACUAAUGUUGGUCCAAAUGCAACUCAGUUCAGUUACUCUAUGUUCACGAAUGACACAGUGAGUGUAUAUAACUUUACAACCCAUCACGAUCGAGUCAGUCUUAUAGCUGAUGAUAAUAAGAAAACAAGACAGAAAUACAAUAAAAAUGUUAACAUAACCCGUGCUCUGAAUGAUGUGAAUAAAAAUGGAUUUUCAACUUUGAGAGGAUCGAGGCCAUAUGCAAGAAAGAUCCUAGUUUUGGUAACUUCAGGAAACAUGAAUGAUACACAAGGACUGAAAAAGGCGGCAAAACGGGUUAAAGACUCUGGAAUAAUAAUUGUUACCAUAGGUACUGGUAGAAGUGCUAACUGGAUCAACUUGCGUGAUAUAUCAUCGGACCCAAUGCUAACGUUUGUACUAGGGGAUGACAUCCAUAUUGGCGUUAAUGUGCUAGACUCUCUUAGAACAACUUUAUUAUAUGAUUAUUGUUCAAAUGUAUAAUAUAAUUUGUUAACUAAAGUCGUACAUAUAAGGUUAUCCUGAUAAUUGUUAAAUACUUAAAGAAUUUGUCAGUAAAUAACGAUAUUUAUA